UUUAUCAGCGGAGACCAGCCCUUCCCGUGCCCCGCCAUAAGUCCCCUCAAAAGUCAUGGACUUGAGUCCCCAACACCACCAUCUCUGAUCAGUGUAAAGCCCAAACGAUGGCUCUGCCAAGAAGACUCACCACCAAGUCUCAUCAUCCCAGCAAGCUCUCCAUCUUCCUCAACACAUCCUUCCUCUUCCUCAUCUCAUUCUACCUCAUAACCCAGCUCCAACACAGCCCGAACUCAAUCCAGUUUCAGUUUCACCCCACAUCCAACAGCGAAAGCCCUCCCGCAGCUGCCGCUUCUCGAUCUCGGCUUCUCAGCGACAUAACCAACAACGGUUGCACAAGCCUCGAUGAUUACCCGGAUUAUAAAGCAAAAUGCGCGUAUGCCAAGUCCCAUGAUUCUUGCAGACACAAAGGGUACAUCAACUAUCUCCAAAUCUUCUAUUGCACCUGUGGGAGAUUUCCAGUUCUCGGUCAUGUUCUAUUCUUGCUGUGGCUUGCUGUUUUAUUCUAUCUAUUGGGUAGCACAGCAGCUCAAUACUUCUGUCCCUCCUUGGAGGGCUUAUCGAGAAUCUUGAGGCUAUCUCCAACAAUAGCCGGGGUUACCCUUCUUUCCCUUGGUAACGGAGCCCCUGAUGUUUUUGCCAGUAUCGUGUCCUUCACGAGAACUGGGGACGGCGAUGUUGGCCUAAACAGUGUCCUGGGCGGCGCAUUUUUUGUGUCCAGUGUGGUCGUUGGGAUAAUCAGCAUAUCGAUGAGCCCUGAUAAUGAGAUAACAGUCGACAAGCCAAGCUUUAUCAGGGAUGUUCUCUUCCUUCUCUUCUCACUUUCUUCUCUCCUUGUAAUUGUAGCCAUCGGCAGAAUCAACCUCUGGAGCUCCAUCUUCUUUGCUUCAAUCUACUUUGUUUAUGUGUGCACUGUCUCCUUCAUGCACCUCUUCUACCGAAAGCAGAGGAACAACAAGCUCUUUUCAGCUUCUCUAAUCUUGAAUAGCUGUUCUGCACUAAGAGAUAAUCUUGAAGAGAUGGGCAUACCACUACUUGGUUAUGUCGAUGAUGAGAAAUCUGUUUUGGUGGAAAAUGGUGGUCAAAGAAAUGAGGAUGACUUUUUAUCUCAUUUCUUGAUUCUCGAUUCACCCACUUGCAGCUACUUCAUGAAGCUAUUGCAAGUCCUGGAGCUGCCACUCCAAUUGCCAAGAAAACUGACCAUCCCAGUCGUUGACGAGGAGAGAUGGUCCAAGCCUUAUGCCGUUAUAUCGGUGACUUUAGCCCCGACUCUCUUAGCAGCACUGUGCAAUUCGCAGAGAGACAAUGUCAAAUUCAGAAGCAGCACGGUCACUUAUCUAACUGCAGGACUGAUUGGCCUUGUUCUCGGUAAUAUUGCAUACGGGACCACCAAGAAGUCCAACCCGCCAAUGAAAUGCCUCUUCCCGUGGCUAGCUGCAGGGUUCUUGAUGAGCGUCACAUGGACAUACAUAAUCGCCGAAGAGCUGGUCUCUCUGUUGGUCUCGAUCGGGAUCAUCUUUGGGAUAAGCCCUUCGAUUCUAGGCCUGACUGUCCUAGCCUGGGGCAAUUCACUUGGAGACCUGAUUGCAAAUGUGGCCUUGGCCAUGAAUGGUGGCGCCGACGGGAUCCAAAUCGCAAUUUCUGGGUGCUAUGCGGGGCCGGUGUUCAAUACGCUGAUGGGUCUAGGCUUGUCCUUGGUGUUCCAGUCAUGGUCUAAGUACCCAAAUUCUUAUGAGAUUCCUGGAGACAAUUCUCUGUAUGAGACUCUGGGUUUUCUGAUGAGUGGCUUGCUCUGGGCGCUUGUGGUAGUGCCAAAGAAGAAAAUGAAGUUGGAUAGGUUCCUGGGUUGGGGCCUUUUGGCCAUUUACUCGUGCUUUCUGUUUCUAAGGCUAGCUAAGCUUCUUGGCCUAUUGAAAGCAUGAUUGCUGCUUCUUGUCUAAAUUGAGUGUCCUCCAUGAAGUUUUAGGCAAUUGAGCAAUUCCAAGUUUGUAGAACCCGGUAUAAUUUCUUGUAAUCUAUACUAGUAUAGUUGUCAGAAAUUAUAUUUACUUAACCAAGCCA